AUGGCCAGCGGCUGCCAGUCAGCUAAGUUCAACCAGCUGCGUAUUGGUGUCUCUUCCACCGACCCAGUCUUAAUAAAUGCAGAAUAUCUACACGACAUACUGCAUCAUGGGGCAGGUCAAAACACUCUCAGCGAGUCCUAUCACCAUCCUGUAGGACUGCUAUGGCACAACGAUGGACGAGUGCCUCGUACUUUCGCCCCGGGUCCUUUGGUUUUUCUGACCACCGUAUGCUUCCUCUUGCUGUACCUUGGACCAAGCCCCAAGCUACUAUAUACACAGCUGAACCAACGGUCGAGCGGAACAGAAGAUCGUGUGCAGCGAUGGGACUGGAAAGACACCAAGGAGGAAAUGUACUGCCGCGCGCGGCACACCAAUCACUCGCAGAGCAAGACCUCGAUCCCGAAUGUCAUCCACUUCAUAUCCUUAACGAACCCAGGCGGAAUUUUGGACCUUGACUACGCACGCUUUCUUGCGCUCAAGGCUGCUGUCGUCCGUGCUGAUGCCAUGGAAAUCAAGCUCCAUACAACCGGACUGAAUCAAAAGAAUUACUGGUGGAAGCAGCUUCGAAGGCACAUUACGCUCGUAAACGUUGACUGGCAAGACUACUUUCCCGAUGGCGGGUCUCCCGCGGCAAGAGGCAUUUCCUUGCCUCAUCAGGCAGACUUCUUGAGACUCGCGAUCUUGAGGCGUGAGGGAGGCAUCUACUUCGACACGGAUGUAUAUGCUCUCAAGCCGCUUAACGAACUUCUCGACAGGCCCCGCGACAUACUGAUGGGCCACGAGGGCGGCAACCGCUACGGUCUUUGUAAUGCAGUGAUCAUCGCACGACCCGAGAGCGAGUUCUUAUCACGAUGGCGAGAGGCAUAUACCAGCUUUGACUCGCACGUCUGGAAUUACCGUUCAGUUCGAUUGCCAAAGCAGAUGCAGGUGAUGCAUCCCGAUCUGAUAUGUCCGCUGUCACCCACAAUCUUCUUCUGGCCAACAUGGGCGAAACCACAUGUGCAUUAUAUGCAUGAUGAGGUGUUAGAUCCUGUCGAGCGCUCAAGCUUCGAGGCAGAUCUGGAGGAUUUCGGUGGAGCGAUGUAUGAGAACCAGCUGGCAUUUCAUGCUGUCGCUGCGAAGGACUACUUGAAUGUUCUGACUGCGGAUGAUGUGGAAACGGUAGAUACGAGGUUUAAUCUGUUGCUGCGCGAGGUUGCUAGAGCGGAGUUGUAG